AGCAGAGCUUCCUCAACUUUCUUCCUCCCACCACCGCCUACCACCUCCAACAACACCACAAAUCCACCACCCCGCAUCCAUCCCAUCUCCUACACAACUGUUGGCAUAUCCAGUCAGCCUGCGUAGGAAUUGAAUCGACCGAGAAUUAGAGAGGCGCCUGCACCGUUCCUCUCGACACGCUCUUUUCGAUUCUACCCAUCCCGAACCUGUCCAUCGUGAAUCUAUCAAUCGUCAGGUCACCACGCGUCGCACGCAACCAUCUACGAUCACCUAAUCUCUAUAUCCGAAGUUCUGUGGCUGCGCUUCAGCUUCAUCCGUCGCCAUAUCAAGCACCGUCACAUAAUUCUCUAUCGCAAACGGAGAGGGAGAUAGCCUUGCGAAACCGCCUUGUCGCCAUCUCCGCCGAACCCUACGAUACGUCUCUAUCCCGGAGCUACCCCUCCGAGGAGACUCCAUACUGGAGCAAGCAAGCUGUCACCAGCUAAGAUCAAGACCUGAGGUAGUGGAGGGGGUUCCAUAUUAGGAUUCCGCGGGUUUGCCGCUCCCGCCUUCAUCAUGGUCCAAAUUACAAAGACUAUGCUGCCGAAACACGCAGAAACGCUCGUAGGCUUCAAAUUCAUCCAUACACCUGAUUGAGCAAUGCUGAUAAAUAUCUAGUCACCAUGGAUCAAGGAGUUCCGCACUACUGCGUGCGCAACACCUUUACCCCUCCUCCCUCAACAUCUAUCGACCUUCCCCACUCGAUGGCCCUUCCCUAGAGGUGAUCUGUAUCAUUGGAUUCCGCUUCUAAAUCGAUUCGAUGUUGUUCUGGAAAAACUAUGCGCUACGUACAAGCUGAAUGAUGGUCCACAAACAUGCGAAUUUCGACGCCAGAUUCUUGAAUCUUCAAAUGGAGAGGCUGGUACGGAUUCAAGAGAAACCAUAGACCUCGAUGCUCUUGGUUAUGGCAAGGAUGGCGAUCGCCAGUUGGUGGAAUCUUUUCUUAAUUUCUCCCGAAUGCUCCUGCAGAACUGUGGCAAUCGUGCUGUCUACGCAAGUAGUUCGCAUAUGAAUAGCUUGCUCAACUCGACUUCUUUAUCGAUUAUCGAAAGUACCCUUCUCUUGGGCUCCGAGUUGGCGCAGAGAUACCAAUCAGCUCUAAAGCGAAUGAAUGUGUCGACCAGACAUAUUAGCACAAAUGUCCUCGCACAGCAUUACAAUAUCAAUCUGGAUCGCGUUGUUCAACUUGCCCUGCCAUUCACCAAGACGGUUGUGACCUCACCGGAGACACAGUCAGGUACACCUACAACGCCCGGUGUCAAAGGCAAGGAAAAGGCUGUAUUUUCACUCUCCACGAACCAGAAGACCACCAGUACCACAUUGUACGCUAACGAUCUUUCUUCUAUGGUCAAGGGAGCAAACGGUGCUAGUAAUAGUCCUAUUGCCGCUCGAAGUGAACACGGCAAGAAUUCUACUCCGGCAACCGAGAACGGGUGGGAGAAAUGGGGCGAUGUGAAGAUCACUUAUUAUCCUAAGCAAGAUACAACAUCAGAUGCGCUUAUCAAUCUUGCCCGUGCUGCAACUAUCCCGGCAUCGCCUAGUCCUGUCACUCCAACGCCUGUUAGACGAUCGUCUAACUUGGGCCCACAGAGCCACCGUUCAAGCCGACAUGCGGGAUCGGAGGAUAGUCCAUCUGUGGUACGAUCUCCAGCGUUCACAGAAGAUACAUCACGUCCUGCGUAUAAGGUUGUCGAAAUAUCAUCUAAUCAAGUCAAGUCGACGAGUAUCCACAAACUCCUCGAGGAUAAUGCUCGUGAGUUGCCAAAGGAGCUGCACUAUGAACUCCUAACCAAAUUACGGCUUGCCUCUGCCUUAACAACCUCUAUCGAGACGCGAAGACAGAUUUUGGCCAUCCGCCUUUUGGCAAUUACCAAUCUCGCUUAUAUCCAUCCAGAAGCUACCUUCCUCGAAAGCGUUUUGAAGCAGGAUUCGGAGGAGCCACGCCGAAUGCAGCUCGCCUAUCAGCUCGCAGAUAUGGUCCACCCACCUGCUGACGGUGAUGUUGCGGUUCCUGUUCCGCUCCAGACUUUAGCGCUCUCAACUCUUGAAGCACUCUCAGCAUACCAAAGUAAAUUCCCUGACGUGUGCGCUGCCUUGAAUACAACGGUCAACCAUGGUGUUUUGCUGUAUGUUGUUAGAAAAGCCGUGGCCGAGAUGAGCAUCGAGGAAGAUGGUGACAAGAUUACGGAAAAGGAUGAAUGGCGUGAUUCUUUAUUCUCCCUUCUGUCAACGCUAUCUCUGAAUGGUCGCACUGGCUCUGAUCUCGUUACAGCUGGCCUCAUACCCAUCUUGGUUGAAGUGCUUAGCUUACGUACAAAUGUCGCCGAGUGCUAUCAUCCUAAGAUUCUAUCAUAUCUGGACAAUAUCAUGUAUAGUGCACGUGAUGCUUUCCAGGCUCUUGUCAGUGCUGAUGGUCUGGAUGCCGUGUCCAACUUGAUUGUCUAUGAAGUUAAGAAUGCUGCCGAAAACGCCGCUGCUGGUAAAGGUAUCCCAGCUGAAUUCUGUUCAGCGGCUGUUGAUUACACUAUUCCAUUUUAUCAACAGCAAACACUCAAGUGGCUUUUCAAAUUCAUUCAUCAUAUGAUGUCAACAGCCGGAGGUUAUGGAGGUAACUUUGAUCGCUUGUUGCGCAACCUGAUUGAUUCUUCGCCACUGCUGGGCAGUCUUCGUCAAAUCAUGGGAAAUUCAAAGGUUUUUGGUUCCAUAGUGUGGACCAACUCCGUCAGCAUCCUUAAUGAUUUUAUCAACAAUGAGCCCACCAGUUUUGCCAUCAUUGCUGAGGCUGGACUGAGCAAAGGUUUUCUCGAGGCUGUUACCGGGACAGAAAUCCCAACUCCUGAACCGCCCAAGGAGCCCGAAUCUCAUACUAACGCCGGAGAGUCGACGACAGAAUCAACGGCUGAUACUACAAGCCCUAGCUCUCCAUCUGACAAUGACGAAGACGACGACGAUGACGACACUGGCGAUGACGAACCACCAAUUUCAUCUCGCCGACCACUGUUAUCAAUGCUAGAGGUUCCACGAUCAGGUCCUCUUGCUCGUGGUAUCAUGCCAACCUCCGAGACUAUCAACAUUAUCCCGCAAGCAUUUGGAGCAUUAUGUCUGAACAACUCUGGUAUGAAGAUGCUACAAUCUUCUCGCGCUCUGGAAAUAUUUUUCGAGAUCUUCGAGAGUCCGGAGCAUGUCAAAUGCAUGGACAAUAACAAGGAGCUUCCCGCCAACCUUGGUGGCACAUUCGACGAAUUGGUUAGGCACCACCCUGCUCUUAAGACCGCCAUCAUGAAUGCAAUUCUUGACAUGGUCGCCAGAGUUGGUUAUCUUUGUAAAACCAAGGCCGAGAAGCAGAAGAUUGGUGCUAAGCUGUGGACUACCAACUCCUCUGGAAAGACAGUAAUUGCGAAUUCUGAACUCAACCAAUCCGUACAAUCGCUCAAGGGCAAAGAGAGGGUAGUAAGCAACACAUCUGACGUGGAUGUAGAUAUGCAGGAUGCUGGACAAGUGUCGGAGCAACCUCAAGAUGGCGCAACGUCUGAGGAGCUCACCCCCAACGCAUCCCUCACCCCUUUUAUCACGGCUGUCGGGACUUUCCUGGUCACGAUGCUAAGCAACUCAGCCGUCCGUACCGAGUUCUGCGCCAAGGGUGGCAUCGAGUUCGUCCUCGACCUUGUGGAUUCCCCAUGUCUUACAUAUGACUUUUCUGAGGGAAGCGCAAGUCGAAACCUCCACAAUGUGAUUGCACUACUUGCAGAACCGAAGCCGCAUCUCACAAUACCCUCGUUGCUUCAACGUGCAUUAUCUGCGACUGAAACCCUUUCCUCCUUUGCAAAUAAUCAAGGAGGAAAGUCCUUUUUUGCACCAUUUGUCAAUGCAGAGUCACGAGAAUCUGCUGACACGGAACUUCUUGCUCGGGGCACAGACUUUGCCAAAGCAUUCGUUAACCUGCAUUCUCUUUUGACUACCCUCAAUGCAUGUUUCUCAGCUGCUACUUACAAUGCUCGUAACACGAACCUUGGCUUCAUGCAAAUGAACCUUGGUGAUUACUACGUCCAGCUUGUAAAGGCACUGGGUCCCCUAUUGGGGGCUGCCUUGCGUGAGGAGGUUUAUAUCAUUAAGCUUAUUCCUGAUCAUUGGAAGAAUGCCAGCCGUGUCAAGGAUAUUGGGUUUGGCGAGACUAGCUCCGAGAUUGUUUCGGAACUCGACACCCCUCUGCCUGCAACUGAUGUGCAAGAAUCAAACGAUGCAGCUCCCGCACCUUCAGGCGACGCAAAUCCAGAGGUUGACGCCGCCAAAGCUGCGGUGAAAGCCGUGGAAUUGAGCAUGAAGACGCCCACAAAAUCUGAGCAGAGUAGUCCAUAUUUCAAGAACUUCCAGACGCUUCAAUAUCUUCUGAGCAAGGUGUCGAAAUGUGUUUCUCCUUUCUUCCAGACAUUAGGAAAAGCCUUGGUUCUGAAACGAAAUCCGGAGCCAUUUCAAAAGCAAAACAAUAGUGCUAUUGCAAAGGCGCUUGCAGAAAGCAUCAUUAUUCAGUUAGCAGCACCAAGCGAAACUUCGCCAAUCGAGUGCUAUACCUACUGGAUUGGAGUUCUCCGCGUAUUGAAAGAUGUGCUCACUGACACCUCGUGUCACAGCGGUGAACGUGCCGCGCAAGUCAUCACAAUUGUUCUGCUAGCUUUCAAGGACAAUGGUGGAUUUGAUGUUCUGAAUGGAAUCCUCGAGACCUUCACAAAUGAGAUUCGAUCAAACAAUGAGGAGCCGGGCAAAAAUAUGACUGCGGAGGCGUCAGUCCGACAUGAGCUCGCAACUGCCGGGACAAGACAUAUUCUCACUAUUUAUGCACAAAUUGUAAAUGGAAAAUACGUCACUGAAUCUCAGCAAACUGGUACGAUGGCAGCACACCGUGAACGAGAGCGUUCUCGCACAGACCAGUUUUCUCCGUCGCAAUUUAUUGUUGAGCUACGAAUGGCUGUUUUGCCUAUUACUCGUCGGCUAUGGCAGUCGGACCUGAUUGAAAAAGGCUCGAGUCAGAUCUCUGAAAAGCUGAUCGAAGUUAUUCGGACCAUUUGCUUAGCCGAUAAUGAGAGAGAUGCUUUCAAGCGUUCUGACCCAGUCCCACCAAUUUCCAAAGUUCCUAGACAAAAGUUCAAGGUCAGCUCCGAGGGCCUCGUAACACUCACAGGUGGUCACUCCUACGAUGUUGACCUUGCAAACGAGGCACUUUAUCGCUGCAAUAACAAUCAACCAUACGCAUCAGAGUAUUGCAGAGAGGCGACAGAAGGUAGAAAUAAACGCAAUCCAAUCCCCGAGGGUGAUCUGGUUACCACUUCAGAUGCAGCUACCUCUUCUCGGCCGCGAACAUCCGCUUCUACGGGUGCUUCAACUGGCACGGCGACCCCUGACGACAAUGCCAUGGCUGUGGACUCCCCUGCAAAUCUUCCAGAAAUCAUUUCUCAGCUCAAUCAAAUCGUCCCACCAGCCAAUAACGGAGAAGGAGGUCAGGAGAAUCUUAGUGAUCUGAUCAAUCAAUUUUCCCAAACUGCGCCUGCAAAUGAACAAUCUCGGCCAGGCUCUGUCUUGGGCUCUCGACCUCCUAGCUCUAGAGCUCACCAAUCAUCUCCGCUCAAGAACUCGAUAUCCGUUGACGAUCAAGAACCAGAGCCCGUUCGAAUCACCAUAGAUGAUCUCAAUGAGGAACGAGAGGCUAUUCGUGAGGAUCUGAUCGACAAAUGUCUCGAUGUUAUCAAUGCACACGGUGAUGUCACUUUUGAGAUUGCAGACUUGAUUAGCACCGCGGUUAACAAAUCCUCCGAGGCUUUCAAGAAUGUCGGAACUACACUCGUGAUCGCACUAAUGUCUUUUGCUGGCGAGGAAGAUCUGCGUGCGGAGGGCAAGAAAAUUGCCGCAUAUGCCAACUUACUAGCUUUGAUGUUGCGUGAAAAGGCAUUCUACACUGCAGCCAUUGGGGACCUAAAGGAAAAUCUGGGUAACCUACUCAGUUUUGUUAGAUUAUCUCCUAGCCAUUCGGUUGACGAGCCAUCUCCCUGGAUUGCCCAAAUUCUACUGGUUAUCGAAAUGUUACUGAGCGCUGAUGCCCGUCCACGGAAGACCAUUUGGACACAGCCAGCUGACGAGAAUGAUGAGAUUAAGGAGCCAGUACUGGAUUCAUACGAUCCUGCUGUUACCCAAGAAGAGCACCUGCAAUUAUUUGAAGCCAUUCUUGACAUUCUUCCACGAAUCGGCAAGGAUGAGGGACUUGCUCUUGCAGUUUUGCGUAUUUUGGUCAUUCUCACACGUACAAGAUCAGUUGCUGAAGCAAUGGGCGAGAAGAAGAACAUUCAGCGCCUCUUUGUCAUGGCCAAGCAGCUUGCUGGCGCCAGCUCAGCUCGCAUUCAGAGUCCUCUGAUGAUUAUUCUACGACACAUCAUUGAAGAUGACGAGACGGUCAAGCAAAUUAUGCAAUCCGAGAUCAAAGCCUACUUCGACUCAUCUCGUACACAGCGAGCACCUGAUGUUCAAACUUAUAUUCGAGCAUUGGCUCACACUGCCAUUCGCAACACGGGUCUCUUCGUGGAAACCACAAAUGAAAUGGUAAAGUUUAUCCGCUGGUCAUUCACUUCUGAUGCACAGGGUCGACAUUCUUCUACUCUUAUGCUCAAGGAGGCACCUGGGUCAGAAAGCGAAAGCAAGGCUGCCGAAGAUGCAGUAACACCAACGGUCCAGGCUACCGAAGAUCUCACAAUCCAGGACAUCAAGGUUUCAACUGAAGCUGGAGAUAGUGAGAUGCAAGAAAUUACAAACAAGCCUGGCCCCGAGUCCAAGUUACCUAUCGUGGAAAAGGCCGACGGAGUCAUCCACUUCCUCCUCUGCGAACUUCUCAACUACAAGGAUGUAGAGGACAAGGACCCUGCCGCUAUUGCUGCUGCAACGGAGCAAGCAAGCGCUUCUGCGCCAGCAAAUGAGGACGUUCAAAUGGCCGGAUCACCUACGGAGCCUAUUCCCAAGGAACCAAAGAGCGCAAAGGCUUCUUACAAGCAGGAGUUGAAGGGCGAGGAACACCCAAUCUACAUUUACAGAUGUUUCAUUCUUCAAUGCUUGACUGAGCUUCUGUCAUCUUACAACCGCACAAAGAUUGAGUUCAUCAACUUUAAGCGUAGCGCUCCUCCUCAGGCAAUGACACCAUCCAAGCCUCGUUCGAGUGUUGUGAACUACUUACUUUUUGAUCUGAUUCCAAUCGGUACACUUGAUCAUGCGGAGACUACAGCACUGAAAAAGAAGGCUGUAACGUCGAUUUGGGCAGAUUCGGUUAUCACAGCGCUCCUUGCGAAGACAGGAGAGAAGCCCCUCGAUAAUAAAGUGCCACCAUAUGAGGGCGAGGACGAGUCUGAUCUAUUAUUUGUCCGCAAGUUUGUUCUCGAGAAUAUUCUCAAAGCUUACAAGGAGGCAAGCUCCUCCCAAGAGUCAUUGGAUAUCAAGUACGCUCGAAUGCUGGCACUUUCGGAUCUCAUGGCCCAUAUCAUGAGUGGCAAAGAGAAUAUUGCUCUUUCGGAUACCGCUUUAGCUAGCGCAUCUCAAAAGCAACUUCGUCGUAUCAUGUUUGAGAAGGGUUUCAUUUCAGCUUUGACUGCUUCCAUUGCAGAUAUUGACUUGAACUUUCCAGGUGCUAAGCGUGCUGUCAAGUACAUCUUGCGACCUCUCAAGACCCUUUCCACAACCGCUAUUCAAUUGAGCGACCUUGGCUUAGUUUCCGGGACUCCUGGUCAAAAUGAAGAAGACGAGAUUGAGUCAGCCACCUCCGUUUCUGACCCAGAAGACGAGCGUGAGGAGACCCCUGACUUAUUCCGAAACUCGACUCUGGGUAUGUUUGAACCAGGCCAUGAGGGUGACAGUUCUUCCGAGUCUGAAGAUGGUUAGUUUUCCACGCAUUCUCUAAUUUUUCCCUUACUAAUGAUCAUAGAUGACGAGGAAAUGUACGAGGGUGAAUAUGACGAGGAGAUGGACUAUGAAGAGGAAGAUGCCGAAGACAACAUUAGCGACGAGGACGAAGCUAUUGAUGGCAUGGGUCCUAUUGAGGGUCUUCCUGGAGACGUUGGCGUCGAAGUCAUUAUGGAUGAAGAUGAUGAAGACGACGAUGAUGACUCUGACGAUGAAGGAUCAAGCGGCGAUGAUCACGAUUCUGAAGAUGAUGAUGCCCACGUUGAAAUCAUCGAAGAAGGUGAAGACGGCGAAGAACUUGGCGCCGAUGAUGAUAUGGACGAUUGGGAGAGUGAUGAUAACGACGAUGACGGCGAAGAGGAAGAUUACGAAGGCCAAGCUGCCGACCAAGAGGAGCUUCGCAAUAUGGACAUGGGCAUGGGAGGCAUGGCUGUAGGCGGCUCCCUUAGUCACAUCGUUCGUGCUCUUGAGGCUGGCGGAGAAGAUGCUGCCGAAAUUAUGGAGCGUAUGGAAGAGGAAAUGCAAGCCGAAGGCAUGAAUCCAGAAGAUGAUGAAGAUGCCGACGAGCGAAUCGCUGCCGAGUAUGUUGAGGAAGGUGAUGAAGAUGGUCAGUUUUCCGGCAUCCUUUUUAUCUGUCAAGUACUAACCGAACCUGAUAGAAGACGAUGAAGAUGAGGAUGACAUGGACGAGGAUGAAAUGUUAUUUGAGCAGGGUUAUACCAGUAGGUGCCUCCUUCUAGAUUCCUUUUUAAUACUAACUUACAUCAGUGGAUGGCCCAGGCCCAGGAGCUUACGGUUGGGAGGGCGAAGUGGAAGCCCCGAUUUUGCAUCGACGACCACGCCCAGGCGGUUUCCCUCCAUUUCCCUUCUUCGCUGGUCGUGAACCGCUAGGUGGUAUGUUAUCUGACCCCACCCAACUACUUUCCGCAUUUGAGGAAGACUUUGAUGAAGGAGACGCAUCGCGCAGUAUUUUCACCCAGUUGUCUACUCUUGGUCAACGAAUUACAAGCUUGGUAGAGCAAGUUACUGGCAGAAACAGAACUAAUCCGAAUACAGUCCCAGGGGAAUACCGCGCUUCAUAUCGAACACACAGACCUGGCGGAGGACCAUCUCGAGGCGCUGACAACGAUGGAACUAAUCCUCUUCUGCAACGUGGAAGAGAUUCCGGACGCAAUACUGGAAGUCUCAGUUCAUUCAUGCAGGCACUAUCAGGUGCGGGUGAACAAUUCGAGAUCAGUGGCCGACACUUUGGUGAGCCCGCCGAGAGACAAGCAAUGUUGGAACUUUUGAUGGGCAGACAUUUACCAUCUAUGGCAGGUACCACCCGAAAUGGUGCGGCCCUUCAGUUCCACUUUACUACUGCUCCAGGACAAUCAAUCCCCCCUGAGCUUCAGGCCUUGUUUGGCCCGGCCCGUGGUGCUCGUUCUGACCCUAGACGUGACUCUCAAGAGCCCGGUGCGUUCUUCUCGCCGCAAUCAACCACUGCCAGAUGGCUAGAAGAGGCGAAACUUCUAUUCGCUCCUCAUCAUCUUGAAAAGGCAAUGGACAUUGCCAACGCUAUUCUAGCUGUGUUGGUUCCUCCAGCGAUCGAGGCCGAAAAGGCCCUUAAAGCAGCCGAGGCAGAGCGUGUUCGCAAAGCAGAGGAGGAAAAGAAGCAACAGGAGGAGGCAGAACGAAUUGCCCGAGAAGCCAAAGAGGCCGAGGAGAAGGCCGAGCGAGAAAAGAAGGAGGCUGAGGAGCGAGUGGCCAGAGAAGCUGCUGAGAGAGCAGAGGCCGAGGCUCGUGCUGCACGAGGCCCCGAGCCAGAGGAAGCUGAGAAGGAGACAAAUGACGGUGAUGCAAUGGACGGUGUUGAGACGGAAGGUGGAACGGCGGCGAUCGAGGAAGCUCAACCAGACGAAACACCCGCAGCAGACCGACCAAGAAUCACUACUAUGAUCCGCGGAAAUCCUUUUGACAUCACUGACCUUGGCAUUGAUGCCGACUUCCUUGCAGAACUGCCGGAAGAGAUCAGAGAGGAGGUUAUUAUGUCGGCUGUUGCUGAGCGAAGAUCUCAAGCUGCGGUUACUGGUGCUCAACCUUCUGAUAUUGACCAGGAGUUCUUGAAUGCUCUUCCUGAUGAUAUUAGAGACGAAAUUAUCCAGCAGGAGCGACAAGAUAGACGCAGACGUGAACGAGAGGAGCGAAAUCGUCAAGCUGCUGCUGCUGGUGGACCAGCCAAUAACGCUGAGAUGGAUGCUGCCAGUAUUCUUGCUACUCUACCUCCAGCCCUUCGACAACAAGUGUUACUGGAGCAAGACGAUGAGAUGCUCUCACUACUUCCACAGGAACUCGCAGAGCAAGCCCGUGCUGCUCAGAGAGACUUACCAACUCAUCAUGGAAGAGGCCCACCUCAAACGGCACGACGAACUGGUGGUGAUCCUCGCCUCGCACAAGAGAUUGCCGCUCAGCGCCCACAACGACGUGCGAUUGUUCAAAUGCUAGACAAGCCUGGUAUUGCCACCCUUCUAAGAUUGAUGUUCAUCUUCCUGCAUGGCAGUCUACGAAACACUCUGAACUCUGUGUUGCAAAAUAUCUCCAUGAACCGCCAUAACCGAACCGAAGUUCUGAGCACAAUCCUCCACAUCCUCCAAGACGGCAGCUUUGACAUGUCAGCUGUUGAGCGCAGCUUUGCACAUCUUUCCUUGCGAGCAAAGCAGCCCAAGGAUAAGGACCCCAAGAACCCUCAAGGUGUCAAGCGAACACUUACGGGUAUGGCUGUCAGUUCUGCUGCCCCCACAAACUUGGAAGCGUCUCCACUUAUGGUUGUGCAACAAUGCCUAUCGGCCUUGGUAUAUCUUACCCAAGUCAAUCCACACAUUCCGGCUUUCUUCUUAACAGAGCAUGAGCCAUUGGGCGGUUUGAAGCGUAGUCUCAGUCGCAAGGGUAAGGGCAAGGAGACGAAGUCUGUUAAAUAUCCACUGAACUCGCUUCUCACUCUUCUCGAUCGUCAGACUAUUAUGGAGAGUUCCCAGGUGAUGGAAUCGUUAUCAACACUGCUUAACAUGACUACGUCGCCGCUCCAAGCUCUACAACGCAAGCAAAAGGAGGCUGCGGAGGAGGCUAAGAAAGCUGAACGAGCUGCUGCAGAGCCUGCUGGCGAGUCAUCCGCACACACAGAAGCCACAGCCACUACAGGAGAACAACAAGUUGAGCCACCGGCCGACGAACAACCAGUUUCAGUCACUGUUGUCCCAGUACCAUCCGCACCAACAAGCGCUGGGGGUGAUGCUUCCACAUCCACAGAAGCUCAAGCUACUACCCCUGCAGAGACAACUACUAAGGAGCCAGAAAAGGAUUCCGACAAGAAGCAACGACAGAUGAUCCCUCCGGUGAUUCCAGAUCACAACCUCAAACUUGUCAUCAAGAUUUUCGUUGCCCGCGAGUGUAGCUCAAAGACUUUCCGUGAGACACUCUCUACCAUCAAGAACUUAUCUGCAAUCCCAGGUGCAAAGGCAAUCUUUGGUCGCGAGCUUAUCGCACAGGCUCAGGCACUCGGAGAGUUGAUAUUGGUAGAUCUUAUCGAGUUAAUUCCUCAGAUCAAGAAGGCUUCCACGGGCACCGAGAUCCAGGGCGUCGCGUUGGCGAAAUUCUCCCCUGGUGGUUCUGAUCAAAACAAGCUGUUGCGUGUACUUACCGCGUUGGACCACCUUUUCGACCCCAAGCGUGACAGAAAGGACGGUACCGACGGCGAAUCAGAUGGAGAUUCAUCACAAUUAGUUGAGAAGCAGGAUUUGCUUUCUUCUCUCUACGAAAACUCGACCUUUGGUCCAAUGUGGGAUAAGCUUAGCGAAUGUCUGCGAUCAAUUCGGGACCGAGAGCACAUGCAAAAUGUUGCCACAAUUCUUCUUCCUUUGAUCGAGGCAUUGAUGGUUGUUUGCAAGAACACCACUUUGAAGGAUGCUUCAAUCUCACAAUCCCAAGCUGGCAAGGAAUUGAUGAUGACUAGCCCACCGCCCGAGUCUCGCAUGGAAAGCUUGUUUUUCACAUUUACUGAGGAGCACCGCAAGAUUCUCAAUGACCUUGUUAGACAGACUCCCAAGCUCAUGUCGGGAACUUUCUCCUUGCUUGUCAAGAAUCCCAAGGUCUUGGAGUUUGAUAAUAAGCGCAACUACUUCAAUCGCAGUGUCCAUGCCAAGACACCAAAUGGUCGACAAUCUUUCCCGCCACUUCAACUAUCUGUUCGACGAGACCAAGUCUUCCAUGACUCGUACAGAUCCCUUUUCUUCCAGACUGGUGACCAAAUGAAAUACGGCAAACUCAGUAUUCGAUUCCACGGUGAGGAGGGUGUUGACGCUGGUGGAGUUACUCGCGAAUGGUUCCAAGUCCUCUCGAGACAAAUGUUUGAUCCUGGCUAUGCGUUGUUCAUUCCUGUGUCAUCAGACCGCACUACAUUCCAUCCAAACCAAUUGAGUAGCGUCAACGAGGAGCAUCUGAAUUUCUUCAAGUUCAUUGGACGCAUCAUUGGUAAGGCUCUUUACGAAGGUCGUGUUCUCGAUUGUCACUUCAGUCGUGCUGUUUACAAGCGAAUCCUGGGCAGACCAGUUUCAGUCAAGGACAUGGAAUCUCUCGAUCCGGAAUACUACAAAUCUCUUGUCUGGAUGCUGGAGAAUGACAUUACGGACGUCAUCACAGAGACAUUUUCGGUUGACAAUGACAAAUUUGGUGUUGUAGAGACCAUUGAUUUCAUCGAGAAUGGUCGCAACAUCCCUGUCACCGAGGAGAACAAGCAUGAGUACAUUCGUCUAAUGGUAGAGUGGAAGCUCACUGGCUCAGUAAAGGACCAAUUGGAUAACUUCUUGAAGGGUAAGCUAUUUCUCAUCGUAAUACGUUAUAACACGUACUGACUUUGCAUAGGAUUCCAUGACAUCAUUCCUGCUGAACUCAUCGCAAUCUUCAAUGAACAAGAGUUGGAAUUGUUAAUCUCUGGCUUGCCUGAAAUCGAUGUUGAUGACUGGAAGAGUAAUACCGAAUACCACAAUUACUCGGCCUCAUCUCCACAAAUCCAAUGGUUCUGGCGAGCUAUCCGCUCUUAUGACAAGGAGGAACGCGCCAAGCUUCUCCAAUUCGUUACGGGCACAAGCAAAGUACCACUAAACGGCUUCAGAGAGUUGGAGGGCAUGAACGGCUUUAGUCGAUUCAACAUUCAUCGCGACUAUGGUAACAAGGACAGACUGCCAAGCUCGCACACGUGCUUCAACCGUAAGUUGAAUUUUACACUAAAUCUAUCAUUCAUCAUCGCUAACACUAUCAUCAGAACUUGAUCUCCCAGAGUACGAAAGUUACGAGCAACUUCGUCAACAAGUCUUGACAGCAAUUACUGCCGGCAGCGAGUAUUUCGGUUUCGCAUAAGUCUUUCGAAAUAUGCAUAUUCUUCUGGUUCCUGUUUUUCUCUUUCUAAUGAAUGACAUUGAUGCAUUGGCGAAUUGAUUGCAUUUGGCAGGUGUCUGUUGAUAUUUCUUUGCGCUUCUACACUUUCUGCGACAUGUAUUCCGGUUGUUCUCUGGAGUGCUUGGGGCCAUCAAGCGUGCAUGGAAGUUGACGGUUCUUUUUUUCUUUUUCUUGCGACGUUCAUCUUCGGAUGUUCGUCUGUUUUUUUCUGGUGCAGUGGGAAUGGGUUCAGCAUUUUUUGUUCGCUUGGACUGAAUCGAGGGGGGUGUUCAUCGACUACGUGCAGGUUGGUUCGAUGGAUUCUUUCUCUUUGACUUGGGGACGGUGAUUUUGCUGGGUGGCUGCUGGGGAGAGAGGGAAGGGGCAAGGGGCAAGGGGGGGCGUGCAAAAUAUAAUGAUUUAUGAUGAACGUGGAAAAUAAUGGAAGGGGUGCCUCUGGGGAGAUAUUAGAUAGUUUUGUUGCUGAGCUGGUGGGAUCGUCAUACGUGAUGAUCUGCGCCGGUGGGUACGUCCUUGAUAGUAAUCAGAGGUUCUUUUACAAUUAAU